GCCCUUAAAGCCGCCGCGGUGCCGCCGGCGCCUCGCCCCGCAUGGGGCGGUUGCGGACGGGCGACGCGUCCCCGUCUGCCCCCACCGCACACUGCCCGGCGGACAGGCGGGGAUGGCUACGGCAGUGGACGGGGCAGAGACUCGGCUAAAAACAGCCCUCGCCUAAUAAAGCGAUGGGGCCCGGUGCCCGCGCCCUAUAAAUACGCUCGGUGCGCGGCCGGCGGGCUUUGGCCGGCGCGGCUCGGCUCGGCUCUGCAGGCGGGGCGGUGCAGUCAGCACAGCAGGGCCGCCACUGCCGCCGCCUCCGCUGCCAGGACAGCCCCGGCACCCGCACCCCAGCGAGAUGCCCCGGGUAGACGCAGACCUCAAACUGGACUUUAAAGAUGUCCUGGUCAGACCUAAAAGGAGCAGCCUCAAAAGCAGAGCAGAGGUUGACCUCACGCGCACCUUCACCUUCCGUAACUCCAAGCAGACGUACACAGGAAUUCCCAUUAUAGUGGCAAACAUGGACACUGUGGGGACAUUUGAAAUGGCUGUGGUUAUGGCAAAACAUGCAAUGUUCACUGCAAUUCACAAGCAUUAUUCUCUGGAAGAAUGGAAACUGUUUGCUGCCAAUCACCCAGAAUGCCUUGAGCAUGUAGCAGCAAGCUCAGGUAGUGGACAAGAUGAUUUGAAAAAGUUAACAAGUAUUCUAGAGGCCAUUCCAGCUAUCAAAUACAUCUGCCUGGAUGUGGCAAAUGGAUAUUCAGAGUAUUUUGUGGAGUUUGUGAAGUCCGUCCGUGCCCUGUUCCCACAUCACACCAUUAUGGCAGGCAAUGUGGUGACAGGAGAGAUGGUAGAAGAACUUAUUAUUUCUGGAGCAGAUAUUAUUAAAGUGGGUAUUGGACCAGGUUCUGUGUGUACCACUCGGAUUAAGACAGGGGUGGGCUAUCCACAGCUAAGUGCUGUUAUUGAGUGUGCAGACUCAGCACAUGGCUUGAAAGGACAUAUCAUCUCUGACGGAGGAUGCAACUGCCCAGGAGAUGUCGCCAAAGCGUUUGGAGCUGGUGCUGACUUCGUCAUGAUUGGAGGAAUGUUUGCAGGCCAUGACCAGAGUGCUGGAGAUAUUAUAGAAAGGAAUGGCAAGAAGGUGAAACUGUUCUAUGGAAUGAGCUCUGAUACAGCCAUGAAGAAGCAUGCAGGAGGGGUUGCUGAAUACAGGGCUUCAGAGGGCAAGACUGUGGAGGUACCAUACAAAGGGGAUGUGGAGCACACCAUCCUGGACAUCCUCGGGGGGCUGCGCUCCACCUGCACCUACGUGGGAGCUGCCAAACUCAAGGAACUGAGCAAGAGAACAACGUUUAUCCGGGUCACCCAGCAGCACAACGAGGUGUUCUCCUAGCCUAGGCCUGGGGGGCUGGAGAGAGGGGUGGGGAAGAAGAGCAGGAAGGGCUGCUCUUUUCCUUUGCUUUCUCCUCCAUGUUGUGUUAGUGGCAAACUUCCCUCUCUCUCUCUCAGAACAGCAGUGUCAUAGCCAUUGGCUACGGCUGGGAUUUGGAAGGGGAAGGUCAUGCUAUUAACACAAUGCCAUUGAUUCAAAAUGCAAUAGCCUCAUCUUUUAUGGUUGUGCCUAUUUUAUUUUUUAAUCAUUUCUUCACCUGUUUUUUUUCCCCUUCUGAUAAAUAGCUGCUGAAACCUCAGUUAACAAGGAAUUGGCUUGUACAGACAUGGCUGUUAACGCCUGCACACAUUCACACAUUCCCGUUUCUAAGACUGACCUGUCAGCUACCACCACUUUCUGUAGUGCACCUUUAAGAAAUUGCAGGCUGGGAGAGAAAAAGAUGCAAGGAAUUGCAUGGAGAAAUAAAAAAUCAAAUUCUCUUCAUCAUUUUUUUGGCUAAAGAAUGGAUGUUACAGCACAGCUGCCAGCCUGCAAAGUUUCAGAGGUGGAUGGUAGAUGAGGCCUGGCUGCUGGUGACAUGUGAUUCUAAAAAUGCCAGAUCGCUGAAACUUUCAGUUCACAGGGCUGAUGUUGCUGUUCUUACUUAAACCUCCCUCUUCAAUGGACUUGCCCCUUCAGAGAAGCGGGCACUGAAUGUAGCAAAAUUGUGCUGGCCCCCCUGCCCCCAUCUGAGGAGAUCAUUCAGGUGAUCACUUUUCAGAGCUUGCCUCAUAAGUGCAGUUCCUGCUUUUAACUGCUCUCUGGGAACAGGUUUUAAAGACAUUGAAACUCAGCAACUGUAACCCUGACAAGGGUUACAAUUCUUUGUAGCCCUCCCUGUUCCCUUGCCUGCUCACAUCCAUUUAGCAAAGAUGAAAAAACGCUGUGCAGUGCAUUGUCUGUGGCCAGGUGGAGGAAGCCAGAGGGAUCAAAUUGCCUUCUGGUUAUGUGGUACCACUCCUUUGCAGUCCUUGACAUCAUGUAAAGCAAGAGAGAGCUUUUGGCAGAACAGUUUGGUUGAUUGCAAGACACUGUCAGGCUGAGAUGGAGUUAAAGCAUUUGCUCUAAAGGCAGUAGUGAAUGUUUGAGACUCUGGGUAACACCUCAAUAAAGUGGAAUGGCCUGAUAAUUAAUUGAUAAAUCACAAUGAAAAUUUCUUUAGAAAUACAUGUUGCAUCUACAUGAAUACCACAGUAGCUCGAUAUGAUAAAUGAUGUAAAAGUGAGCACCAAUGAAUUAAUAAUGCUUGGCCACUUACUUUAAACUGCUGCUGAGAUCAUAACGCAGCUAAUGUUACUUCAGUACUUCAGAGUCUUGUUUUCCCCUUCUGUAGACGUCUGUGGAAAGAGGCAGGCUUCCUUUGAAAAGCAAAAAAGUAAUCUGUAGGAAAAGGAAUACAAAGAUAAACUCUAGAAUUAAACUCAUACGCUGGACUGUUCAAAACGCCAUCACAAGGACUGGUACAGUUGACCAUGCUGAGAAGCAAAUCCAGGCCACAAGCUGAUCCCUGGUGAUUUUAAGUGUGUGGUGCAUACUGGGAAAAAAAAAAGCACAGGGUAUCUUCUAAAUUGCCUGGUAUUUUAAAUGUCUUCCAUUUAAUAUGUAGGAUGUACUUCUUAAUUGUGGGAUGACCUCUUCGUCUGCUUUGGAAGAGGAUGGCCUUGAUGUGAGCACAGGUUAUGCUUGUGCUGGCUGCAAGUACCAUUUGUCUUGCCCACAUAUCAUAAAGGAAUGUGAAUGCAGAAGAUCAGCAGGCCCUGUGAAUCUCUGUUCCCUCCAGCCUGGAAGCAUCAUGUUAAGAGAAUGCCAGGCUUCUCCACCACAGAAAGGUGCUGUGGACCACCUACUGCUCUCAGCUGCACUAGGCCCAGAGCAGGGGCAGUGUGACCUCUCUGCAUCAGUACAGCUGUGGGACAGCACUGUUCCUCUGUUUAUAUGAUGCAGAGGGGAAGCAAAUGGACACCUCUGUCAGGAGUGGGGUUAGACCACCACAGCCCAGGCCUGACCACAGGUGUGUCUCCAUACUGGUGCCUUCACAUGUGGGAAGUGCAGCACUCUGCUGGCCUCAUGCCCACUCUCACUAGCGCUUUUCUACUUUUUUUAGCUACAUUUCUAAGUGGAAUUUAAGAAAUGCAUAUAAGAAAAUAUAUAUAUAUAUAUUUGUAAACCUUUUUUUAAAAGAUCAUGCGCACACCAAAACAAGCAGCUUCAUGAUGGCCUCAGAACAGUUUCUUUUCCAAAGGGCAGGUGCUGGAGGCAAGGGGAGGCUGCCUCUCUACAAGUGUGGCAAAUGGGGCCACUCUUCCACCUCCUUUCCUUCCCCUCCUGCACAUACCUCUGAUCAGUGAUUAAUAGGAGAGGGACAGGCUAUUCUUAAGCUGUCCCCGGAAUUCUUCAGGCUGUGAGUGACAUUGAUGCCAUGAUGGUGACUGAUAAAGUUUUGAUGUUAGGUAUUAGGUUUUCUGAAUAGCAGGUCUUACCAUUGUUUUGAUAAGCAGCAUGUUUUCUUUCAUUUUCUCCUCUCGAAAAGUGAGCAGGAGAGAGAAAUGAGAUGCAGAAAGGCUGAACUGGUGGCAUGUCUGCAUCUCACCCAGUUAUAUGUGAAUUUUGUUCUGGAAUAACCCUUAGCUAUGUCAGUGCUCAUCAUUGACACUGUACAUCAUUGACACUGACACUGUGCAGCUCUGAGACAGGCUGGAAAAUACAAAAAAAAAAAAAAAAAAGCGCUUGAGUCCCCCUUUAACACCUGUUGCUGUGCUGCAGUUGUUGCUCUGAUCUUCACUUAGCCCCAGGUCCUGUACCCUGCUCAAGCCUGCUGCCACUCCCACAAGGAACUGAGGCAGAGGGAGCCAGGAACACACUUUGUCUGGCAGGAUGGUCCAAGUCAAGACCGCAACCACUGACAAAUGCCAUGUGCCAUUUGUAGAUCUACCUCACCUGCACAUCUAACUGGGUUCUUUGUUACUUGGUGUCCUUUUGUGGGAAAUGAAAUUUUUAAGUGCUUAAUAAUGCUUAAUGUUGAGUCAUUCUGCAUAACCAGGUCUUCUUUAACCCUACAGUCCAACCCCAUCCUGUCCAGAAGAAUGCUGUGAGUGUGACAGCGUGUACUGUAAGCCAGAGCCAUGCCUGCUUCCCCCAGCCAGGCAAUUGUUGAGCUCCCAAGAGCCGUGUUGAGCUUCCCACUGGCUCCACAGGGGUGCAGUUUAACAUACCAAAGACCUACAAGUGGGGAUGCUGAAAAAUGCAACAUUAUGUCAUUAAGCAAUCCCUGCUGAGCAUGUCUGCCUGUGGCUUCUUGAAACAUCAGGACACCUCUAACACCCCUGGCACUCCAGUGCUGCUCUGGGAUUGCCUUGCUUUGGCACAGGAGCAGCCUUGCUCACUCAUCGGUGGCUGUGGUGGCAGUGAGGAGUGCACUGUGCAAGUGGACUUGUUGGUGUGAGCAGUUGCUAAGGGGGUGGGCCUUGAGCCAACAUCCUGGCAGGUGCAAAACAAGCCAUGAAGGUCUCCAUUCUCUGGGAGAAACACAUUCCCAUCUGCUCAUUGGAACAGCCAGUCCCCAUUGGCCAUGGGGCAGGGGCUUUGGCUGUGCUUUGGUGCAGCUUUCUUCUCCCUUAGGGCAUGGUGGGGUUGAAUGUAGGAUGGGGACACCCUGUAAAUAUGGAGAGUUAUAAGGCAGGAUCAGAAGAAGCCUCUGCCUUUGGGGGAGCUUUUCCUAUUUAAAAUGUGCCUGUCUCUUCUUUCAGCUAGUCAAUAGCAGGGGUAGAAAGGAUGGGGUUAAGGAAGAAACGUGGCAGCUGUUGGCCAAGCUCCACUGUGCUGGGACAGGCGCUUUCAGUCAAAGACAUGAUGAGAGUUUGAAGCUUUUCUGAACCAAGCACUCCCUACUUUAUACCUGUUAAACUCCACUCUCGUGACAGACUUGUUGCUGCAGCUUUCUGCCGCUGUAUGUACAGUGUCUAUCCAUCACCAUCUCACAUCUCCCACUGGGGGAUGGUGCUGUUUAGUUGCUAAUACCAGUUUCACACCCAAAAUUCUCUUUUGGAGCCAGGAGGGCUUUUGCAGCCAGUGCCAGAUUUGGCGUUGUGCAGAAGAGAAGGGGGGAAAAAAGUCAGGGCUCAAGAACAGCAGUUUUCCCUCUGCAGCAGCCAAGGCAGCAGGUGGGAGAGGGCCAGCCCUUCCCUGCGGGCUGGGAGCUGCCAGGAGCAGCGGGGUUGAAGCAUGUCUCGAGUAGAUGCUGGCACAGCUCUGCACUCCGGACAGACCACCCCCUGCAGCCUUAGCUUCCUUUGUCGUCACUUAGAUGCUUAAGCAAGCCCUCCCCAACAUUUAUUUGACCCAGUGUUUGCUGGCUGAAGUUUUCAUGCAUAAAUCAGUUUGGAGUCCAGAACUCCCUGGCGUUGCCUGUGAUAACUGUGAAGUGUUUCUGUGUCAUUGGCCAAAAAGCUGCUCGGCUUUCAGUGUUUUGCUGCCCUGCUCAGCCCUGCUGAGAUGGUGAUGAGAGCGCUGCCCCCUUCCCUCUGCUGUGGCAUCCCCGUGUUCCCGGCCCAAUCAUCCCAGCUGCUCCCAAGUUUUUGUUAUGCAAUAAAGAGCUUCACCCUGA